UAUGGGGCGCUGCGUUCGACGAAUUUUCGUUACGCAUGCGCACAAUUUAACCGUUUUCUAAACUACGCCGAUCACGCAUAUUUGCGCCUAAAAGCAAGCUGUUCCCGGUUCGACGUGAUAUUUUUGUGUUUUAAUUAUUUAUCAAAGUGCGUCGGAUUGGGUUGCGAUUUGUUAUUUUAAUAGUAUUUAGUUGUCCAAAUAACAAUCAGAAGUCAGCGAUUGAUUGGGAAUUGGGAGGAUUCGCAGCGAUGUUGUCAUCAUUGGGUUCUGACGACAGCUCUAAUCAGUUCGAAGAGGUGGAAUCAUGUUCUGAGUUAAGCGACGUAGAUUUAGAGCGACCAUCAACGAGUAAAAAAAAAACAUUACACUCCGUCAUGCCGCUGAGUGUUGGGGUUGAGUUUGCUUCCUACGCUGAACUUGAACAAUCGGUUUUGGCUUACGAAAAGAAAAAUUUUUGUAUUUUCUACAAACGUGACUGUUCAACUAUCGAUCAGUGCAGAAAGAGAGGUAUUUCAAGACUGCUCAAUGCUGAUUUGAAAUACUAUCGGUUAAGAUAUAGUUGUAUACACGGAGGAAAAAAUUUUAAAUCGUUGACGAGAGGCAUCCGGAAAUCUUCGACAUUUCAAAAACAAUGCCCGGCUAUGAUGUUCUUCAUUUGCAGCAGUGAUGGGAAGAAACUAGUUCUGCGAAAAAUGGUUGAUAAGCAUAAUCACAUCUGUUCAAAGAAACUGUAUGAUUUUUUGCCUCGAGUUCGAGCCAUGACAGCAAACGAAAAGAGUCAAGUCAAAAAUUUGUUGGCUCUCGGUGCAAAUAAAAAGUUAAUUGCACAAAAAGCUUUUUCAAAAUCCAAAAAACAAAUUUUGCUUAAAGAUUUGUCUAAUGUCAUGUCACGAAAAAGCGGCCAAAACAAUUUGAAAAAUACAAUCGAAAAACUGGAGAAAGAGUUUGGAGCUGAAUGUCAUGUACUCGAAGAAAAUCGAGAAAUGAAGGGUCUUUUUUUUGCAACAACUGAAAUGAAACAAUCGAUGUUGGCAUACCCUGAAUUUGUGGGUAUUGACGGAACAUUUAAGCUGCUUGAUAUACGAGCUCCGGUUUAUCUGAUGGUUGUAGAGGAUUCAGAAGGAAAUACCGAGAUUGUUGCUGUAUGCAUUCUUAUGAAUGAAGACGCAGAAAGUAUGAUUUGGUUUCUUCGAACUUUUAAAGAAGUUCAUCCAUCGUGGUCAAGUACUAAAUGUAUCAUGGCGGAUAAAGAUUUACUCGAGAGAAGAAUUAUCAAAGAAGAAUUUCCUUCUGCCAACGUUUUGAUUUGUAUUUUCCACGCUCAAAGGACGUUCAAUAGGGAAGUUAGUUGUGAGAAGUUGCCCAUUACACCCGAACAACGGGAUACGGCAAAAGAUCUCUUUCGGAAAAUGCUUUAUUCUUCAACUGAAACGGAAUACAUGCGUUACUAUGAAGAAAGCAAGAAGUUGCCAUCAGCAAUUUUAAACUAUUUUAACAAAAAUUGGCACGAUAUUCGAAACGAAUGGACCUUGAGCAUUAAUUUCAUGCAGAGCACAUUUUUGAACACAACGAAUAAUAGAAUCGAAUCGUUGAACGCAAAGAUUAAAAGUGUGGUUAAAUUGUACAGCACUUUGGAAGAAUUUAUCGGAAGCUUCUUCGCUUUAGUCGCUUGUUUAAAUUCUGAACGCGAUUUCAAGGCCGCAUAUACUUACCAAAAGUCGUUGGUUAUACCGUAUGAAAAGAAUUCCGCAGAAUGGUCUUACUGUCAGUAUCUUACACGAUAUGCAUUCGAUUUCGUCAGUGCGGAAUUGAAAUGUUAUAGACGCGGAAAGCUUACUUAUACCGAACGGGAUGAUGACCAUUUCGAAUUUCGAUUGGCAGGUUCAACGAUUAUUGCGUCUGAAAAGUCAUGCGAAUGUCCUUCAUUUAUGUCAAUGGCGUUGCCGUGCCGGUUACUAUCAAUCCAUUAUCGAUCUCUGCAUUAUGUUCAAUUAUUACUGAAAGUGUUCUUCAUUUUUCUGUUUUUUUCUUCUAGCCAUGUGUUCGUUGUUAAAAAUCUGUCAGGUUGCGAUCUUUACGAUCCCAGUAUUUGCAGUCGUCGAUGGACUCGGGAAUACUUUUGCAAUACACAGCGAGUUUUCAGCGAUGAAACAAUAGACGAUGAAAAUAUUCCCAGCGUAACAGUUUCUUCGAAACUUUCAAAACGCUAUGUUUCUACUGAAAAUCAGCGUUAUCGGAUAAUGCGUGAUAUUACUAGCGAACUUAAUAAACUAGGCAGCGAGGUCACCGGUAAUAUCUUCCUUGGGCGAGUUAAGUUACUAGAAAAAAUACGAAAAGCCUGGUCAGAAAAUCGCGAAUUCCAGAGUUCACCGAUAUCGAUGGAAGAAGUUUCCGGUUUUUCUACGAGUACUCCAGUAUCGUCAAGUCUUCCAUGUGAUUUCAAUUUUGACGAUGGUUUUAAUUUGGGUUCGAGUAAAGAUUUACUUUUUCAUGAAAUUGACGUGAAUCAGAAUACUGUCAAAGGAAGAAAUGAUGAUGACAAUGUCAGUGGAGUAGAAUAUGACAGAACUGGUUCAGUGGAAAAUGAAAACUCGUCAUUGAGCGCUAUGGAUCCUAACGGAAACGCGUGUUUAGUGGGAGUUAACCGAAAUCGCUCAGAGCGGAAUCGCGAUUUAGAAAACCUUACGGUUCCCUGUGCUUUAAAACGGAGGGGACGUCCGAAAGGGUCUGAGAAAACCGUCAUUGGGUUGCGCAAGAAACGUCGUGUGCCUGCAGGAAUUAAACAACGGCCGUUUUUUAAAUUGAGUAUUAAUGAAAGAGCCCUUGUUAUUUUGAAAUGGGUGGUUGAUGAUAAAAUUGCAUACUCAGCAGUUUAUCAUGGUAAACAUAUCCAGGAAGAGUCUGUGGAAUCGAACCCGGACGCAGUUUGUGAUUCAAUUAUCGAUGACGAUAUCAAUAUCUUGUCAAUGAAAAAGUAUUUUUCUGGGGAUGCAUGGAGAGUCGUUGAACAGAUUCUGGAAUGUAAACGGAAAAAUGAUGUCUUUUUAUGCGCUGUAUGUGCUGUUGAUUUGGAUACUACUAUUGACGAAUCUUCAUCGAAUUGCAAAUUUUCUAUACGCUGUGAUUAUUGUGUAUUAUGGUAUCAUGUGGGAUGCGUUGAAUUGAAAAAACCACCAAAAUCGAAGUUGUGGAAAUGUAAUAGAUGCUAAAUGGGAGAAUCAUUUAUUUCUCUUUACUUUCAGUUGCUCUUUUGCUCAUUUAUGAGAAUAUUAUAAUAAGCGUCAAGCAUAUUUUUUGUUGAACCGAAAAAUUAUUAUUUGUUUAAGAAUAUUGUGAUGAACCUAUUUUUAAGGUUAAAGCUUUAAUAAAGUUAGAUUACAACCUUUCAA